AUGUCCCACCGUGAGGAAGACCUGGCCUACGGCCACUACUACGGCGACUCAGCGCGGGGCACAUCCGGCGAUACCGCGAGGGGAUUUGUCGGCGACACUUUCCAAAAAUUGAAGGAAACCUACAAGAGCCAUCAGCAGCAGCAGGGCGGUACCAGCAACACGCAGCAGAGCCAGAGCCAGUACCACCAAACCCAGUCUCAGACCCAAGGUUCCGCCCAGCAAUACUCGCCGUCGUACGGAAACACCAGCCCGCAACAGUACCAGCACCAGCAGCCCACCUAUCAUCAGCAACCCCAGAAACCCCAGAAGCAGGACAAGCUCUCUGGAUUGUUCGGAAAACUGGAGAACCUCGGAAAUGAGUUCGCACAGAAGAUCGGAACUGCCUUGGACCCCCAGGCUUAUGAGCAGUAUGGAUCGACCAAGCCACAGACACAGAACCGCUUUGGCAGUUUUGCACCAGAACGUCAGGGCAACGAAGUCAAGUGGCAUGUUGAUGGAUGUGCAUACUUCUAUGCUGUCUCCAAGGCCUUGGAGAGUGCGAAGGAGUAUAUCUGGAUCUUGGAUUGGUGGUUGUCGCCAGAACUUUACCUGAGACGUCCUCCGGCGAAGAACGAGCAGUAUCGACUGGAUCGAAUGCUGUUGGCUGCUGCGCAGCGAGGCGUUCGCGUCAACAUCAUUGUCUAUAAGGAGGUGACUCAGGCAUUGACACUUUCCUCCCAUCACACAAAGCACCACCUGGAGGAUCUCCAUCAGAACAUCGCUGUGUUCCGUCACCCUGACCAUCUUCCUGAUCGUCAGGAGCUAGAAGCGUCUCUCGCAUCUUCCCUUCAGAACCUGUCGUUAGAUGCAGGCAAUCUGGCUAAGAUGUCCGCUGAUACCAUCAAGGGAAUCUAUGGUAUGCACGAAGAUGUCAUCCUUUACUGGGCCCACCACGAGAAGCUUUGCCUUAUCGAUGGUCGCGUGGCAUUCAUGGGUGGCUUGGAUAUGUGCUUCGGCCGUUGGGACACUAAUCAGCACGCGCUCGCCGAUGUUCAUGGCCAGGACCUGAACGAAAUCGUUUUCCCUGGUCAGGAUUACAACAAUGCUAGAGUGCUUGAUUUCCAGGAUGUAGCCAACUGGGAGAAGAACCAGUUGGAUCGGAAGAAGACAUCCCGCAUGGGAUGGUCAGACAUCUCAGUCAGCUUGCACGGGCAGGUGGUCGAAGACCUGAGACGGCACUUUGUCGAGCGAUGGAACUUCAUCUAUGACCUCAAGUACUACUCGCGCAACAAUGCUAGAUACACAAAACUGAACUUGUACGGCCGCCCUACCUCUUCUAUGGGCCCCCAACAAGGUCAGCAGCAGGGUCAGCAGCAGGGCCAACAACAGCGGCCAACUCAUCAGCCUGCAGCGCCAAACCAGGGACCUUCCACUCCCAGCUGGCAGCAGACAUUCACAGCCCAGCCCGGCGCUCUUCCGGCCAGCCCAAACCCUUCCACUCCCAGCUGGCAACAACAGGCCGCAUCUCCGCAGCCUGCGGCACAAUCUAGCAAUGCUCAACCAUCUAGCGCCGGCAACCAGGCGACCCCUAGCUGGCAGCAACAAGCUCAUCAGCAGCAAAGCCCUCAGCAGACUGCUUCCUAUGGCGGUAGCGCUCAGCCUGCCACUCAAAGCACCCCUAGUUGGCAGCAGCAGCCCCAGCCCGCAUCCCCUCAGCCUGCUGCUUAUUCUGGCAAUAUCCAGCAUACUCAAAGCUGGCAGCAACAGCCCGAGUCUCAUCAAAGUGGAUAUCAGGCUACUUCGCCCCACCCCAGCUCUCAGGCAGAUUCCAACUGGCAGCAACAGGCUCCGCCCGCAUACACACCAAAUCAGGCAUAUACACCAAGUCACGAUGAAAAGCACCACUAUACCUACACUGGUGAUUCGUUCCCUCCGCCUCCCCCUGGGCCUCCUUCAAGCCAGGGUACUACAUCAGCCCAGCAGAGUAGCUAUGGCCAGUCUCAGGAUCAAACAUACUCUCACCAGCAGACCUAUACGCAACCUCAAGGUCAAGCGUACACUCAACAGCAGACUACCACUCAGCCUCAGAGUCAGCAGACCUACACACAAUCUCAGGGUCAAGCAUACACUCAGCAGACUCCCACCCAGCCUCAGAGUCAAGCGUACCCUCACCAACAGAGCCAGCCUCAGUCUCAAUACCAGUCAUACUCCCCGAGCCAAGGUCAAAAUCAGGCUUACCCGCCUCCCCCUACUCAAGAGGGUCAGCACUCGGAAACCCGCGGUCUCCACGACUAUCACAGCGGGGGUCAUGCAUACGGCGACUCCGAGAGAGGCUUCAACUUCCGUGGUAUCAAGGAGAACAUCACAGAUUACAGCAACGUUCUUCGUGGUGAACUGGCUGGCCAAAUCCAUCAUUACCAGGAUCGUAUGAAUUAUCGCCAGGGUGCUCAGCCGCGCGGUAACAUGGUUUGUCAGAUCGUACGCAGUGCUUCCAAGUGGAGCAACGGAACGCCUACCGAGCAUUCCAUCGCCGACGCAUACGCAGCUAUCAUCCGUAACAGUCAGCACUUCGUUUACAUCGAAAACCAGUUCUUCAUUACUGCAACUGGUGAUGCCCAGAAGCCCGUUCAGAACAAGAUUGGAGCUGCGAUUGUUGAACGUAUUCUUCGUGCUGCACGAGCGGGCGAGAAGUACAAGAUUGUUGUUGUCCUCCCAUCCGUUCCCUGCUUUGCGGGAGACCUGAGCGAUGAAUCCACUCUGGGCACUCGGGCCAUCAUGGAGUUCCAGUACAACUGCAUCAACCGUGGAGGCAGUAGUAUCAUGGAACUGAUUGCCAAAGAAGGAUAUAACCCGAUGGAUUACAUCCGAUUCUACAACCUGCGCAACUACGACCGAAUCAAUGUCAGCGGCUCAUUGCUUCAGGCGGAGAACAGAAGUGGUGUGAACUACGAGGAAGCCCGCAAGGAGCACGACCUGACCACAGCUGGCCCAGGUGGCUAUGGACCGGGCGCUCCUCGUGCGGCCUUUGACACCACCGCCCCUUACCAGCAGUACCAGCAGGCUGCUCAACAGGUCUCCAGCACUAAGUCUGCGCCUGGUCGGUGGGACAGCGUCAGCGAAUGUUACAUGUUGAAUGGUACAGAUAUCCGCAACGUGCCGUGGGAAGGUCCUGCCGAGGCUGAAAUCGACGCGUUUGUCACCGAAGAACUUUACAUACAUUCUAAGGUUAUGAUUGCCGACGAUCGGGUUGCUAUCGUUGGAUCUGCCAACUUGAACGAUCGCUCCCAGCUGGGUGAUCACGACUCUGAGAUUGCAAUCGUGAUUGAAGACUACACCCCUAUCCAGUCGCGCAUGAACGGUCAGCCAUGGAGCGCGAGUCGAUUUGCCGCUUCUCUCCGGAGAUACCUGUUCCGUAAGCACCUUGGUCUCUUGCCACCGCAGGAUCCAGAACGUCCCGAUGCCAACUUCGAGCCUGUGGGUGUACCAAACACAUUCGAUGCCGAGUCUCCAGAAAGCCAGAUUGUGGCCGACCCCUUGGCGGACACAAUGCAUAGCAUGUGGAACACUCGGGCCAGAACGAACACUGAGGUGUUCCGGAAGGUCUUUCACUCGGUUCCUGAUGACCAAGUCCGGAACUGGGCCACCUACAAGGAAUUCUAUGGAUACUACUUCCACAACGCAGACAAGCAGGCAUACGGCAAGGACGACUCCCAGCCUGCUCGGUACGAAUACGGACAUGUGGUACGGGAUGACUUCCCUCCGGGCCCUGAGGGUGUCAAGCAGGUGAAAGAACUGCUCAGUCAGGUCAAGGGAACACUGGUCGAAAUGCCUCUGAUGUUCCUGAUCGAGGAGGAUGUUGCCAAGGAAGGGCUGACACUGAACGAAUUGACGGAGCCUAUUUACACCUGA